CUCAUCCUUGGUGUGGGAUGACGUCAAAUUCAAGAUGGAUGGAAUCACGACCAGCGCGCAGAAAUCCACACAACAGUGAAUAAAGUCCCGGCUGUGUGGAGGAAAGAGCAUAUUGACGACGGGCAGGCCAUGGAGAGCCUUGUGCAUUACAGCAACCCCUCCCAUACCCUGUCGGUGCUGGGGGUCCUCAAUGAGCAGCGCCUGCGGGGUCAGAUGUGUGACGUAGUCCUUGUUGUAGCUGACCAGAGGUACCAGGCUCAUAAGAGUGUUCUGGCUGCCAGCAGUGAGUAUUUCCAGACCCUGUUCACACGGAGGGACGCAGAGUCCCUGAAAGUUGUAAACCUGGACUUCUGUGAGCCUGACGCCUUCGAGAUCGUUCUGAAUUACAUCUACUCCUCCUCACUGUUUGUGGACAAAGGCAGCCUGGCAGCCAUUCAAGAGCUGGGCUACAGUCUUGGAAUCCCUUUCCUCACCAACAUUGUGUCCACAAGGCCACAUGCAUCCUACUGUGUGUCCAGAAAAAGACUUUCGUUCUCUGAAGGGGAAGAGAAUGAUGUCCAGACAAGAAGCGUCAUUGUGUGUCGGGUCCGGAAUGAGACAGCCCAGCCAUCUCGCUCAAGUUAUCCCAGAAAGACAUCAGAGAGAGCCUCGCCUCCACACUCUACACAGGAUUCAACGCAGCCUCCUUCAGAACGAAUCUCAUAUGAAUCAGUCAGAAACUCUGAAUCCAUCAGCAGGAAAUCUUCUGAACAGUCUGAAGCUGCUGACAGGAAGUACACCUAUCCAUAUGCCUCUAUAUUAAAAGGGAAUUCUUCGGACAUUGCAUCUGUAAGGCCCCAGCUGACUUCCUCGGUGUCCUUCAGUGAUGCAGAAGUGCAGCACAUCAGACUGCAGUCUGCCAUUGACCAGGACCCUAAAGAGGAAGAAGAGGAGCAGGGGCACCACUAUCACUCUAAAGUGUCCUUUCAAGGUCAGGCCAGUGAGCCAAGCCCGACCAUUGACCGGAGCGGACCGCUCAUCAAAAGCCUCCUCCGAAGAUCUUUAUCCAUGGACAGCCCCGUUCCAGUUUUCUCGCCCACACUGGAGCUCAAGGAUUUGCAAAACCGUGAACAGUCAGUUGUUAAAAUGGCAUCCAAAGCAUGUGGACCGGAAACAUCUGCUCACAACGGCAGUUCAAAAAGAAUAUCUCCCUUGGUUCUCGGGUCGAAGUACCACAGCAGGUAUGAUUUAGAAACUCAGGUAGAAAGAGAGCUCAGUGUGAAAGCCGAGCCUAGCAGUCCACUGGCGGACCCCAUGGACAUUAUUAGGAUAACAGUCGGAGAUGCGUUGCCUGUCAAUCUUAAGAACUUGCAAGCAAAUUAUGACCAAGGUUCAAAGCAGGAUUUCAAUUCUUUUGGGAAAAGAAGGGACCGGCCGGAUAACAGGCGGUACCCGUUCAAGAAGAGCAAAAUAUUCAAAGAAGACCCCCUGACACUUGAUGAGAACCUGACAGUACCUCAGAGCGCCAGUGAUGACUUGAAUGAGAACAAUGUAGAGCCGCCUCAGAACAAAAUCUUCAAAUGCUGGAACUGUUUAAAGGUUUUCAGGUCCAGUGCUGGCUUACAUCGUCAUGUAAAUAUGUAUCACAACCCUGAAAAGCCAUAUGCUUGCGACAUCUGCCAUAAACGCUUCCAUACCAACUUCAAAGUGUGGACUCACUGCCAAACUCAGCAUGGUGUGGUACAAAACCCAGCCUCGUCCUCCAGCUCCUCUGUACUGGAUGAGAAAUUUCAAAAGAAGCUGAUAGAUAUGGUGCGAGAGAGGGAAAUAAAGAAAGCAUUGCUUUGGAAGUUAAAGAGGAAUAAACAGAGUUUGCAAUCUCCUGCGCUUACCAAAAAGAGAUCGAGGCCCAGCUAUAUAUGUCCAUACUGUGGGAAAGUAUUUGUGUUCCAAUCUCAGUACAGACAGCAUUUAAGGACACAUCCUGCUGAAAAAGCUGACGAGGAGGCAGCAGACGAGAGCAUCCUCUAUCAGAAACAGGAUGAAAUCAGUCAGCAGAAGGACUCCGAUGCUGGUGUUUACUCCUGUAGACUUUGCAACAUGAAACUUUCUUCACUCUUUGAACAAGGUGACCAUGAGAGGGGCUGUCGACAUGCAACCGUUUGUCCCUACUGUGGCCUCCGUUUCUCCAGUCCAACGGUCAAGAGGGACCAUGAAGCACAUUGUAAAUACAAGAAACUGACGUGCCUGGAGUGCAUGCGGACCUUCAAGUCGUCCUUCAGCAUAUGGCGUCACCAGGUUGAGGUCCACAACCAAAACAUGAUGACUGUUAAAGACCAGAUUCACCUGCAGCAACAAGAAAACAACGAAGAGUCUUCUGAAAUGCUCCAAGUGGAUCACUACCAAGACGAGCCGCUGGUGACCGGGAGUUCAAGAGAGACCAUCAGCUUCAGUGACUCCUCAGGUCCACCAAUGUACGACUCAGAAGACUCCUCCUCUUAUGUGCCUGAGGACCUGAGCAUUGGGCACCAUGGCAAGCUGGUAGUGAAGGAAGAGCCAUUAGAAGAGGCUGUGUGUGAGAUGGAAAACGCUGAUGCAGAAAAUGCUGGGCUUGAGGAACCCGGCGUGUGGCCCUGCGAGAAAUGCGGGAAUCUUUUUAGCUCUCGCAAAGACCUGGAACGACACCAGGAGCUGCUCUGCCACAUAAAACCGUUCAUCUGUCACAUCUGCAACAAAGCCUUCAGGACCAACUUUCGCCUUUGGAGCCACUUUCAGUCCCACAUGUCGACUGCUAACGAACCUGGAGCCAAAGAGAUCGACAGACAACCCUCGCCUCCAUCUCCAUCCCCUCCAACGACCCCUCAGGACUCUGAACACCACUCGCCACAGGCCUCCGUGCUCAAGUCCACCCAGGCAGUGCCAGUGGCUGCAGCAGUGGCAGAGGAGUCCAGCAGCCCAGAGCCCUGUAGCUCAUCAGUAAACAAGACGAAGAGGCCCGAACUUGAACGUCAAUCCAGCAGCCACAGCCCUCUGUCAAGGUCAAACAGCAUGGAGAAUCCAGUCGGCCCUCAGGAAUCAGACACCCUCUUUUACCACGCUCCAUCUCUCUCUGCCCUGACGUUUAAGAGGCAGUACAUGUGCAAACUCUGCCACAGGACCUUCAAGACGGCCUUCAGUCUCUGGAGCCACGAGCAGAGUCACAGCCACAUGUAAGCAUCAGACAAGCAGUAGUUCCUCUUGAGAGACAAUGUAAGAAUUAACACACCUCAGCCUACAAAACGAAGACUUUGAAUGUAUAGCUUAUUUGCUUGCCUCCAAUGUCAUAUAUUAAAGUGGCCAUGUUCAGUAGAGGUGUAAACGUGAAUGUGCAAUCAAGUGCUAGAUUCCUCCGUGAGAUGAGAUGAUUAUAAAUGGUUUCUUUUUUUUUCCAAAUGAGAUAUAAGCAUUGACCUAUUUUAAAUCUUUUGGUUGUCUACUUGUACUUCUGUGUGUAGGUGAUGUUGAGAAAACAAGGUACAGAGUUGCAUCUUUUCAUUUUUCAGCUGUACCACUUUGUACAAGAGUUGUUCCGAUACUGAUACCAAUACAAAUUCCGAUACUGAUACCUGUGCCAGUAUUGGAUAUGCCUUAGAUGCUAUCUGAAAUGUAGUAUUAGGUAAAGACAGGUACACCAGUCAAUGCAUUGAUCAAAUUCUGUUAUUAAAGGUCACAUAUUCUCCUCCUCUUCAACCAGUUUAAAUAAGUCUCAGAGCUCCUCAAAACAUGUGUGUGAAGUUUCUUGUUCUAAAUCCACUCUGAUCCUGUAUUUGAUCAUGUCUAUAAACCCCUCUAUUUCAGCCCUGCUCAGAACAGGCUGUUUCUGUGUCUGUACCUUUAAAUGUAAAUGAGCUGUAUCUGACCACGCCCCUCUCUGGAAGGGCUUUGGUGGCUUGGGCUUUCUUGCACCAUGCUUUAAUGUUUACGGUGAGAAGGCAGACUCAGAGGGCAGAACAAACACCUAGCUGUGGGAGUGUCACCCACCUGGGGGAGGGGUUACUGCCCUUUGUGAUGUCAUGAAGGGAAAAUCUCCAAAUGGCCUGUUUGAGCACACAUUUUCUGACAAGUGGAGCAGGCAAAAUACGGAGAGGAUGGACUUUUCUUAUAAUUGGGGGUUCUUCAGGCAAACUAGAGACACAUAUUAGUGUUAGAGUAACAUAGUAAAGGGUAUUUUGCAUAAUAUGUGACCUUUAAAAUCAAGUUGUUUAUCUGGAUAUUAGUUCUUAUUUGGUACUUAAAAACACUUGUUUAAAUUUAGCAAUUAUGUGUAUAGUUCAAUAGCUGCUAAAAAAAAAUGGUAAUAUCCAAUUGUCUCUCAUUGGAUUUGUGCUUGUACAGAAACAGAUACAGAAGUUUAGGUGUUGGAAAAAUUGGUAUGGGAACAUCUCUGUGUCUGAAGUAACGGUACAAUGAAAACAGGAACAACUUAAAACAUUGUUUUCUCUGAUUGUUGGUGAAGUGCUUUAAAAAUUUCAGAGGUUGGUGGUGAAUUAACAAGUAGUGCUUUCGCUUUUGUAUCAGAUCUAUCUCUUGAUGUGAGUGACAUCCCUUAAAAUAAUAUUGGUGGCCUGAAUAUUGUAUUCAAUAUGCACUUUGUGUAACAGUUUGAUUCUGUUAUAGAGGGACAAAGUACAAAGUGUUGGCUUGCAGAUGUAGAAAUUACAAAAGUGGCCCAACAUUUUAUUUUCUCCAAAUAAUAUUACGCAUUCUUUGCAUUUGUUCUCAUGUUUUGCCUUUUGUAAUUUUGCUAAAUGGUUGAAUAAGACCUAAAAGUUACUUCUUGUAAAGUACAUCAAACACAUCCCAGGCACCCGUUGUUUAAGCAUUGCAUCUCGUGUUGUAGCCUUCUUAGGUUGCUUCAUUCAGCACUUAACAUUUAGCUUCCUUAUUGUUAGACCGGUUUAUCAAUUCAAUUAUGUGUAUACAAAUGAACGAGGCAGUGCAAUUAUAUGCCAGAAGAUAAGAGGUUAUAUUUUCUUUCACGGGGAAAUGAUUGUUGAAAGUGUAAAAGGUGCUUUAAACAGAUUACAAGUGAAAUUUGGGAAACUGUAUGUGGAAAUAGGAGCCUGAGUUGACUUGAUAGUUGAUACCCUCCUAAAUGAAAUAUUUGGCUUCUAACAGCAAAUAGAAAUAAAUCUAAAUCUCUGUGAAGUUUCUCUCAGUCAUCCAGGUCCUGGUCAUUCAAAGUGUGAUCUGACAGACAAGUGGACAUGGUUGAAAGUAUUAAAGGUCACAUAUUCUCAAUGUGUUUUCAACCAGUUUAAAUAAGUCUCAGAGCUCCUCAAAACAUGUCUAUAAAGUUUCUUGCUCUAAAUCCACUCUGAUCCUGUAUCUGAUAAUUUAUAUAAACCCCUCUAUUUCAGCCCUGCUCAGAACAGGCUGUUUCUGUGUCUGUACCUUUAAAUAUGUAAAUGAGCUGUGUCUGACCACGCCCCUCUCUGGAAGAGGAUGUGGCUCGGUCUUUCUCGAUCCAUGCCAUAUUGUUUACAGUGAGAAGGCAGACUCAGAGGGCAGAACAAACACCUAGCUGUGGGAGUGUCACCCACCUGGGGGAGGGGUUACUGCCCUUUGUGAUGUCAUGAAGGGAAAACUCCAAACGGCCUGUUUGAUCACACAUUUUCUGAGAAGUGGAGCAGGGGAAAGACGGAGAGGAUGGACUUUUUGAUUUGUAGACAGACUAGGGACACACAUGGUGUAUCUUGCAUAAUAUGUGACCUUUAAAAUAUCGUAUUUUUCUUAUAGCUGCUUGUCAGAACUCUUUUGAGUGUUUCAUACGAACGUCAGCGAUGUCCUGCUGCCUUUUGGAUCACACUCUAAAUUAACCUAAAAUACUCAUAACAGGCUUUUUUUUAAAGCACACUGCAGCAUAGCAUAUCAUUUCAUAAUCUAGGCUUUAACUCAAAUCAUGAAAAUGAAAAGUACAUGAUCAAUUGGUGUAUCAUUUAAGUUUUUACAAUGCGAUGCAUCACAAGUCUGCCACCAAAGUGCAGCACCAGUGUUGUAUGUACAUAUACUGGUUUGUGCAGUCAAACGAAUAGAGUAAUAUACCGACCUUUACAAUGAGGCCUUAUGCAACAUUUGACAUAUUUAGUCUCUCUUAUUUCACAUAUAAAAAGCACAAUAACGUUUCAGAUGACUUAUGACUCAGGCUUUUCAAAGGUGGUGGAGUGAAGAGAAAGGAGGCGCGAGGAAGCAAACGUUUUAUUCUACCAAUGAGCAGAGUGUUCCUGCUUCCUAAGAUUUAUUAUAACGAAUGUGUUUUGAUUGUAUUCCAGCUGUUUCACAAUUGUAUUCUUGUACAAGUAUAUACUUAACUGCUUUCAGCUUGAUGGAUUAGGACUUUGUCAUAAAUUAUUACGGUUGUGAUGUAUUUGGGAGAAGCUGCAUUCAAAGAGUGCUCCACACAAACCUUGGGGAUUUGUUGUUCCUCUCAUCGAUGAGCGCCGUGAGCUGUAUUGUGAUGUUUUGAUUCUUUGGAGAACUUCUGUAAUGAUGAUAGUGCUCUUAUUUUCUUGUGAUGAAAAACUUCCUGAAAGUUUCACAGAAAUUAUUACAAUUAUGUUUAUGGAAGUGUUUGUAUCUUCGAUUUUGUACCGAUUUUGUUAGAAAACAAAAGUUUGAUCUUUUUAGUAUUCUGUGCUCUCACUGCAAUAAUGAAUAUUUGUAUCUGCAUCAGUUGCUUUAUUGUUGCUUUUGGAGACUUGCAGCUGUUUUGUGUUUAGGGUUUUCUACAGUUUUUUGUGCUUAAUUUCUGUAAUAAAGAGUAACAAUGGAGUAUAUAUAUAUAUA